CUCCCCUCCCCUCCCCUCCCUCGGCAGCACGCGCGCGCGCACACACGCCAACCUGGUGRUAGUAGGCUUGGGUGGAGCAGCGGCGUCGCGUGCUGCGGAAUACGCGCUCUCCACGCAGCGGCUCGUUAAAGACCGUGCGGCGCGCAGGUUGGUUGUGGCUGCAGUAGAUGCGGGUCGAGCGAGGGCGCGUGCGGCGGUGCGCCUCGUGAGGGCACAGUGAGAACACCGGGAGGGGGAAAGGCAAAGGCGAGCUCGAGGACACUCAGAGGAGGAGAGGAGGAGGUGAGCCAUGGAGGACUCGGAGCCCGCAGAGGACGGCUUGCUCGCGGGUUUGCGGUGGAACAGGAGCGCGCGAGACCAAGCGCAGCUCAAACACAAAAUCCGGGACCUGCCGGGGCUGCUGAAGCACGGGCUGCACCUGCGGAAGAAGAGCCAAUCACCUGACACCAUACCUGGACCGAGCUCUGGAUCUGCCGUUCACAAGUCAUGUUCGCAGAGUUUUCCCUGUGCUGGCCGGGCCGUGAGGAACGCCUUCCUCUCUCAUGGACCGUACCCGGCUAAAGACAAGAUACACCUGGCCAGAAUCAUACGGCGGAGCUAUGUGGGAGUGGAGCUGGUGCAGUGGCUGUGUGAGCAGUGUGUGUACGUGCGCUGUCGGACCACUGCUGUGCGCGUCUGGCAGGUGCUCCUGGAGCUGGGAGUCCUGCUGUCUGUGGACCAGCGGGUGGUGUUUUCAGACUCCAAUUCUUAUUACCAGUUCAGUUUUGAGGAGUGCGACUCCGCCUCCUGUGAGUUUCGCUCCAAUGAGGGGGAGUGGCCAGAAGCUGUUAAGCUCCUCCUACAACUUGCUCCAUAUGUCCAGUUUCGCUCCGGUGGUGGGGCCAAUAGCCCGUCCGAGGAAGACUCUGAGGGCAACAGAGACAUCUGCAGUGAGAUUCUUCAGAUGAAAGCGCUGGAGAGACUAACUUCUACGGUGCAGAGUGAGUUGGCAGCUGCUCUCGCCCGAAAGACUCGCAAAGCUUUAUCAGAGCAGGACUCUGAGACGACAGAAACGAGCCGCCAGGAGUCAGGCACGCCCAGCGAGGAGAGCAGCCCGCUGGGCGGGGUGUGUGCUUUGCGAGACGGCGGCGGCAGCGGCGGCGGAGGGAUGGGGAACGUGUGCGGCCGCGAGGAGCUCACCAGCCGGCUCGGACUGGAGGCCGUCCAGCGGCUGGCGAAAGACGGCUGCCGGCUGCUGCAGAACCACAACUACCGUCUGCCUGACAGGAACCAAGCGGAGGCAUUGGGGAGGGUUUGUCUGAAGGAGAGAGGACGAGAUGUAUUGGUAUUGCAGAGGGUAACGUCAUCCGUGACGUCACCGUCAGACCGGCCCUCGCCUACCUCGUCAGGGGGCGGGUCCAGAGAGGAGGAUUGCAAUAAGAGGUACGUGGUGGUGUCGGGUACGCCGCUCAAGAUCUUGGAGCAUCUCCUCAGCGAUCUGCGACUGGACGACCAAAGAGGGGCACCGGAGAACCGAGAGAGCGAACUGCUGCUGGAUGACUUCCUGUUGACCUACCUUGUGUUCAUGUCUACAAACGACCUCUGUCAGGCGCUGCUGGGACACUAUAGCAGCGCACGCUGCAGGGGCCAGGAGGAAGGCAAAGACGCCCUCUACAGGAAGCGCAAGGUGCUGCGGCUGGUCUCCCACUGGAGCCGGCUUUAUAAGGACUUCCUGAAGGAAGAGGAGCAUGUCAGGAGCUUCAUGAAGACGCUGUACAGAUGUGUCUUAGAGGAUCUGUAUGAGUUCCCCACACUGGAAAAAGACCUGAAGGAGUUUCAGAAGCUUCUGCGCCGCAGACACACGGUGGAUGACUGCCCUCCAAAUCCAAAGAGUAAACAAAUGUAUCAGCAGUUGAGUUUGAAGGAAAACAGUUUGCAKCUUCGCAAUUCACAAUCAGAAACACGAGAAGUGAUCGUUUGCGUAUACGUGAGCGCUGACUCCUACCUAAGCAUCCACACACAUCCUGCUCUGGAGGCUCACGAGCUGCUGCGGAUCGUGAGCAUGAAGCUGGACAGAACCGAGGAGGACAUGGUGCUCGCCGUGGUGUCGCACACUGGAGAGCGAAGAGCKCUGCAGCCCAGUGACUGUGUCUAUUCAGAGUCUCUGACCCCACAGGGGAAGCUAGUGGCCUGUCACAGGGACCUCACCGAGCUCUUGCCUCCUUUAACAGACUGCACUGAGUUGAGCAGGAGGCCGGUUCGUCUUUUAGGCAUCAACACCUGGGAUGUGGCAGCAGCACUCACACACCUGGACUGGAGCCUCUUCAAAUCCGUCCAUGAGCAGGAGCUGGUGUACUACACUCUGAGCAGAGCUCCAGGUGCGGGUUACACAGCGGCGCUCUCAGUCCUCCUCCAGCGAUGUAACGAGGUCCAGCAGUGGGUCAUGUCCGAGGUUCUCAUGUGUGUGUCGCUCAAUAAGAGAGUGCAGCUGCUCAAGAAGUUCAUCAAGAUCGCCGCUCACUGUAAAACCCAGAGGAAUCUGAACUCCGCUUUCGCCAUCAUCAUGGGCCUUAACACGGCCGCUGUCAGCCGGCUCAACGUAACAUGGGAGAAAUGUCCAGGGAAGUUCAAGAAGCUGUUCUCAGAGCUGGAGCUCAUCACGGAUCCAUCUAUGAACCACAAAGCUUACAGGGAGGCCUUCAAAAGGAUGAAACCUCCUAAGAUCCCUUUCAUGCCUCUUCUACUAAAAGACAUCACUUUUAUCCACGAGGGAAAUAAAACCUUCCAUGACAACUUGGUCAAUUUUGAGAAGCUGCAUAUGAUAGCAGACACGGUGAGAAUGAUUCGCCACUGUCAAAGCGACCAACAAGGAAAUGAGGUGAUCGGGGUGGACAGCGCGGAGGUGAGGGCGAGCGUUCACUGCCUGCACAUCAUCGACAAUCAGCAGACGCUUUUCGAACUGUCGCACAAACUGGAGCCCCGGGCUUAGGGACGCACAAAGUGACUGUGGAAACGCCACUGUACAGAAAAAGUCWCACACACACGGGAGGGAUGACACAAGCAGCAAUGCUGUCAGAUGGACUAAAGGAUUGUUUGUAAAGGAUUAUUUAACUCUGUAUACCCUGCAGGACCAAGAUCUGUGCGGUGCCAUGAAGAAUUGCCAAACUGAGUCGUUGAGGUUAUUAGUUUGUAGAGAAUCCACACGGCUUAGUUCGCUUUGUUUUCAAGUUCAACUUAUUUAUCAGCCUGUUCUAUUUUUGUCUCCUUGAACUUCAGUAAGAACAUUUCAAACAGGAAAAAAGGCAUUUAUAGAAGAUUCUGAUUUGUUUAAAGUCUUCUGGACUAAAGGUUCGGUAUUUUUCUUUGUGUCCAGGUUACAUGUUGUAUCAUGUGAAACCACUCCUCGUGCACUCUUUCUGAUGUCUUAGUGUGAACAGACAAACUUGAGUUUUCAUUGUACAGACCGGACCAGAACACGUCUCGGUGCCAAACGUUGUGUUGAGAGUUGCCGCUGAGCUCCUGCAGCAUUUCAACCUCCUCAUUUAAAAACCCACCAGGCUCCACACSGAGAUGGUUAGAAACCCUGCCAGCGUAGAUGAGUUUAUUUUUGUUUUUUUUGUCCGUCGUGUUUUGUGUUGUGCCAAAACAGAUCUAUCCAAGCCUGUUCAUGUAGAGCAGGCUGGUUCUUACUGACUGAAAAGAUCAUUUCGUUUUGAACUGGGCUCAUUUAAACUGUGAGAACCAGAGCAGGCUGCUGAUGCUGCGACGCAGGAACAGACUUCAUCUGUCUCUUGUUGUUUUCUUUUUAAAGAGCAGAUGUGGAAAACAUUUAUUUGGUGUUCGAAUGAGAAAAGUGGCUUUUUAAGAAAUAUUCACAAGACUGCAGCCUUAGACAAUAAAGGCACACUUUUUUUGUCUUGUCCCAUGUCUGCUCAUUGUUCAAACCACUUUAUUGUGACGGUUCUUUUGAAUUUCUUUAAAAAGUGUUGCCUUUUUAAGAUCAAUCUAAAGGUAAAAAGUGAAAAACUGUAGAAACAAAGUUUGUCAACAUUUCAAACCAAAUCCAGUCAGUGUAGAAUAGUGUAGUGGACCCAAAAAAAAAAAAACAUUUUAGAGCCACGUUUUGGUUCACAGAGAGGUGAAGYGUUUCGUGGCACCAUCGUCUUCUGUCAGGAAUCUCAAAGAAAAUGUCYUCUUUCUGUAAGCAACACUCUUCUGCACCUGACUGUUCAAUCACACUUUGUAUUUGUGAAACUUUUAAACAUGCCAAAUCAGGUGGAUUAGAGAUUAAGCAUUAAAGAAAAGCACUGCAACAAUGAUGCAUUUAACACAAGUUAAAAGCGAUAAACAAAGCUACACUGUACACCUUUUUACUUCUGACACUAAAUGUGCAUUAAUGAAGUUGUUUUGUGAUGUUUGAUUCAUCUGCCUGUGGCGGGAGAACCAAUCCAAGCCACAACCUUGUUCACAAAAAGGAGCUGAAGCUGUACAUGAUGUACAUACACGCACAUCUCUGCUGAUCAUGUUCAAAAAGAUUUCUUAUUUAUUGAAAUAUAUAUUGUUUAUUUAUCGUGACAGAGCCGUCUUGUUUUUGUGCCAUGUUCAGAGGUUUAGUUACGUAGAGGUGCACAGAUAGAGGUGUUUUAAAGCUGCGAAGCACUUUUUGUUGUUUUGUAGCCACUAGAGGGCAGCAGAGAGGUAGAUCAGUAUGAGAAGCCCUCCCUCUGCUGUUAAAAGUUGAAUGAACCAUAAAAACAUGAGGCUGUAUUCAGUGUUUUCUCAGCCGCUCUCAUAAGAGUGUGAAGUUUUUUUCUUUUUUUUUUAUAUAAAAACGUUGUACAAAACUUGUUUGCAUGAUUAGAAAACCAUCAAUUUUACAAAGCGAAAAGAGGACCGAUCAGAUGCUUUGUACUAUUGUAAUAUUGUUUAUGUGUAAAUAUAUGCCAAUGUUUGUUAAUUAUCUGUUGUUGUAUGAUAAAAGUCAACUACAAAGCAA